AUGAAAUUCUUCGCUUGCAUCUUUGCUGUUAUUGCCAUUCUGGCCGUAGCCUCGGCCGGCUACAUUCGGUCGUACGCGUACGCGUAUUCCUCGCCCGUGGUCUACUCAGCGCCGGUGGUCUACUCGCCGUACUACAGCGGUUACAGCGGUCUCGGCGGCUACGGCGGCUGGUCCUCUGGCUGGAGGAGUGGAUGGUGGUAG